AUGGUGAAGAUGGCACCUUCCGGAGAGUACGCUGUCCUGAAUAGGAAAGUCCCGUUCCUCCGCCUGAUCUUCGACGAUGGCUUCAUCACCCAAGACAUCCUGCACCACCGAUACGAAGGCUCUGGCACCGAUUCUCACCCGUAUAUCGUCACCUGGCUGGCUGAAGACCCCCGCGAUCCGAUGAAAUUCCGCGACGCCACGAAAUGGGCCAUUACCGUGCUCUCCACCCUGGCCAGCCUGGUCGUGGCGUUCUGCUCCUCGGCAUACUCCGCCGGACUGGUCGAUGUCACCAACGAAUUCCACGUUUCAGUUGAGGUUGCCCUCCUGGGAUCCUCACUGUUCGUGCUCGGUUUCGCGCUGGGCCCGUUGCUGUUUGGUGCAUUGAGUGAGGCCUACGGACGUCGGGUGAUCAUGCUGGUGAGUGGCGUGUGUCUGACGGCGUUCAGCGCGGGCGUUGGCGCAUCCCCCAACAUUGCGACGGUAAUCAUUCUCCUUUUUCUCGCGGGCAGCCUGGGGUCUGCGCCCGUGGCUGUCUCCGGGAGCGUGAUAGCCGACUUGUUCCCGGCCAAGGCCCGAGGGGUGUCCAUGGGAUUCUACGCGGCAGUUCCGUUCCUUGCCGUGCUCGGUCCCGUUAUCGGUGCCGCAGUCGAGGUUGCGGGUGGCUGGCGGUGGAUCCAGGGGGCCAUGGCUAUCCUCGCGGGAACAGUCACCCUGGCCUUGUUCUGGCUGCUGCCGGAGACAUAUGCGCCCGUGCUGCUGGCCACUCGCGCCAGGCGGUUGACGAAACCCACAGGCCGCGUCUACCGCAGUGUCAUGGACGUAAGCCACGGCCGUGAGCAGAUCGGUACCGAGCUGCGCACGCUUCUUUUCCGGCCGUGGGUGCUGCUCUUCCGCGAGCCGAUCGUUCUGCUUCUGUCUAUUUACAGCUCGAUCCGCAGUGGAAUCACGUACAUGUCUUUCGCCGCCUACCCAAUCGUGUUUCAGCAGAUCCGGGGCUGGAAUUCACUGGAGACCGGGUUGACCUUCAUCGGGAUGCUGGUUGGUGUUCUGUUUGCAAUCCCCCACGUCCUUGUCUACCAUACGCGAUAUGUCAAGAGAAUGAACCGGACGCGCUGCCGGGACACAGCCCGCUUGCCACCAGAAGUGCGUCUCCUGGACGCCCUCCCCGCCAGCAUUGCCCUCCCCGUGGGCUUGUUCUGGUUCGCGUGGACGAUUGUUCCUGUGAGCAUUCCCUGGAUCGUUCCCGUUCUGGGCAGUGUCCCGGUCGGGUAUGGCUUGCGAUGAUCUUUCUGCCCU